AUGCAUGGAUCUACGUCUACGAAGGGACUUUCGAAGGUAGAGUCGGGCCCGUCCGAACAGCCUCAGUAUUCUUCUCACAACUACCCGCCAUCAAACAACCCUCCUCAGCCACAUGUUCCGGCUUAUGGCCUACCUCUGCCAGCUGCGCACUAUCCGCCACCGGCUCCUGCGCCUUCUACGGCUCAUGCAUAUCGCCCCCCUGGACUCUCGCCUUACGGGUUAGACCCAGGAGUUGCGCCUACGACUAGACUGAGAUCCUCGAUUGCCUGUAGAUAUUGCCGAAAGCGAAAGAUCAGAUGUAGUGGUAAAGAUAGUGCACUUGGUGGUAAAUGUCAGAAUUGUUCAAGAAUGAACCAGGAAUGCAUAUUCUCAGAUGCAAGGCCCUCAGAUCUUGUUCCUGGUCCAUUUGUCCAUAGGUAUCCACCGAGGGAGGGUACUUAUGGUCCUCUCGGAGAACCUCCCGCCCGAACACGAAACCAGAAUCACGAUAUCGGGAGCUCUGGAUACGGAGUUUAUCAAAGUUUGUCUCAGUAUUAUUAUGCUCAGGGCUCUCACACUCCUCCACCGGACCACCGAAGUGACCAUCGCUAUGGUCUAGUUCCAUCCUAUGAACAAAGGCAAGACGACCAGGACUCACUUAAAGCCUACCGCACGCCAGGGAAGCCUCUUCGGCAUUUCAGCUCCAAUUUAAGUGACAACCAGGCCAGUUUCCUCCUUGAUCUAGACGACGUAGCUCUAGAUUCUACUGCCUCCGUUGUGCCCACCAAUUCAAUGUCAACGAUUGAUGAUCAUGAUGUUUUGGAGACCAGGAAAAGCGAGAGUUGUACGCGUCCAGAAAGGCCUGUUCAGGCACUGGAAGACCAUCAACAGCAGGCUCAACUGCCCAUCACGAAUUCGCCACUUCCUCAAGGCCCAAAGUCUCGACCUCUGGCAGCCUCGCCUGAGGUACUACAAAAUCAAGACCAGGAAUCACUUAAUUUGGGAGAAGCCUCUGGUACCGGCCUUGGAACCAAGUUAAUAACGCGAACUGAGGCCAUAGAGGAAUCUAUCGAGCUUCCGAAUCCUGCAAAGCUGAGCAUAAGAUCCCCCACCACUUCAUCUUCCCCAACUGUGUCAUCCAACAUAGACGUGGACUCAAUAUCUGGGGAUUCAGAAGGCCCGCCUGAUAGGAACAGCCUGGGGUACUGCCUUUUCAGCCGAGUUUUCUGCCGCCUAGCCAUUCUCAGCGGGAACGAAGUGACGGUAAGAGGCGAAUCAGGAAACAGCAGUUCAAAGGGAAAACAAGUUGCAAACCAUGGAUUUACAAGCUCUUCUAGAACAGCGAGCAUGACGGGCGGGCGAAAGAAUCGACGGCGAGGUGAUGUCCAAGGCGAUGAAAGAGGGGAUAGACCGAACGAGCCGCCUAAAAAGAAAGGCAAGACAAGUCAAUCCCACUGUGAUGAAAGAUCGCAGUUUCUAGCAUGCCCAUACUGGAAGGCAAAUUCGAAAAAGUAUUGGGAUUGCUUCCUGAAGAAGAACGACACCAUCGCACACUUGAAGCAACAUCUGACGCGCCGUCAUACACCAAAGUAUUACUGUCAAAUAUGCUACCAAACAUUUAAAGACUUUGACCUCUUUGACUCACACGCGCUGGAGAGAUCAUGCACAAGAGGUCCCUCUGCGAAACUGGAAGGAAUAUCUCAGCAGCAAAAGAAUCAGUUGUCUCUGAAGAGUAAGGGAUCAGUUGAACAGCAGUGGUAUACAGUAUGGUCGAUCCUCUUUCCUGAUAUGGAACCCCCAGCUACGAUAUAUAUUUAUUCGACACAAUCCGAAGACUUUUGUCGGAUUCAGGAGUUUGCGCAACGAGAAGGAGUUACCAUUAUGCUGGAUGAGCUGGAGUCUCAUGGACUUGUGGUCCGACCGGAUGCAUCCAACCAACUCCUCCGAUCGACCGUUCAGAGAGCUAUGGAGUCGAUAUUCAGAAGCUACUCCGUCAGGCGCCAACCGAGCUCCGAAGCAGAAGAGCCGAUCGUCAUUCAGGAUUUGCAGCCAGAUAAUGAAGUAUCACUUCAGCAAGAAUCAACUACAGGGGGUCAAAUAGGUCAUGGCAAUCUUCCUGCUACCUCUACUGACAUGAACCGGAGAAUGGAGGAUGACACGAAUGAUUCUAUGAUUGAAGUAUUAAACAGACCGAGCAUGAGUACAUGGUCACAAUUACCAACCACGACUUCAUGGCUUCCCAGAGGCGUUGUGCAGGAUAACACCGAAGAUGAGCUAUGGGGACCAGCUUUUCCUGAUGAGCCAGCAUUUGGGGAAAGUUCGUCAGGAAGCGAUCUACCUUUCAACCUUGAGAGCUCAGAUAUGUUGGACUUGGAUGCCUUAUUGCGAGAUGUGAUAAGUUCCGAAGCAUAA